GGGUCCCAGGCAGAGCCUGGUCAUGAGGGUCUUGCCUCAGCUGAGCUCCCUCCGUGACUGCACAGCGGAUUGGAGUCUCGGGCAACAGGUGGCAGCCUACCCCUGGGCAGGGGUCUCGGACAGCAGCAGCUCCCCAGGCACUCAGCAGCGGAUGGCUUCCAGGGACACGCAGCCGCGGACAGUGUGCGGGCUCUCUCAGCAGCAGCUCUCAGGGCACUUGGCAGCAGACAGCUUCCAGGGUCACGCAGCCACGGACAACGUGCGGGGUCCCUCAGCAGCAGCUCUCAGGACACUCAGCAGUGGACAGGGUGCAGGGGUGCUCAGUAGACAGGCUUGCAGGCUUGCAGGGUCUGACCUGUGGGGUCUGACCCUUGAGGAGGGGGGCUCAUGCAGAGCUGCGGAGACUCCCACC